ACAAACACAAGAGUACACCCAAACACGCCGUACUAAAACUAAAUCAGACGGUUCUAAUUGCCUCACUACCAAAGAAUCAUCAUCAUCAUUACCGUUGUUUUUCCAGGUAUCGGUGCCUGGAUUUUCGUAUUUUCCCUUCUUCCUCUUUCUCUCUCCUCUAAUUCCCCACAUUUCAUUCUUUCGCUCGAUCUCCGCAUUUUUCCCUUACGUUGUUCUAAGGUAAAUUUUCUUCACAAUCUCCCUUUUUUCUGGGAUUUUUUUUUUUUGUAUAAUUUCCCUUUGAAUAUCCACCUUUUUACCCCAGUAAUUUCUGCUAACUAAACACUUUGUCACAAUUUCUAAUUUUUCCAAUUGAUUUAGGUUAGAUUCUGGGUUUUCUGCGCUCGAUUUUGAUUGAUAUAGUUUGAUUUUUUACCCCAAAUAUAUAAUCAUAAGAGGGUUUGAUUUGUUAGAGUUUUGUUUGUUGGUUAACAAAUUUUUGGUCUUUUAGAUAUAUUGUAUAGUAGUUUUUAGAGGGUUAGGAAGAUUAUUUUAUGGCAUUUGAAUGCCAAGAAAAUUCUGAGGUUUGUUUAUCAGAGAAAUCUUUGAAUUCUGUUGUUUAUAAUCCAUUGAAAGAACAAUUGGGUCGUGUGCGAUUUGGGAAAACACCUGUUAAUUGUGGGAAUAAGAAAUCAAUUUGGAGAAAGAAGGUUGAGGGUUCUGAAAUUUUAGUGCCCAAAACAGAAUUUGGUAGUGAUAAGAUUGUUGGAGUUUUGGUUGGUCCUUCAAGUUUGGUGCUAAAUGAUGAGGGGGAUAGCUCGGAUUAUCGUAGGUCAAUCACUGACCUUCCCCCGGCUUUGGUUUCGGAGAUAUUGAAUUGUUUAGACCCGAAAGAGCUUGGCAUUGUUUCGUGUGUUUCGACAACUCUUUAUAAGAUUGCUUCUGAUCAUUCUGUAUGGAAGGAUUUUUAUUGUGAGAGAUGGGGUUUACCGGUAGCUAAGUGUUUGAGCCCUAGUUUAUCGGAUGAGAAGUCGUGGAAGGAGCUGUUUGUGGAGAGGGAUUUUAGGAGCAAGACUUUUCUAGGGCAGUAUAGGCCUGAUUAUUUGACUGGUCACACGGAAGCAGUUCGGACUGUUUUCCUGCUGGCCUCCGCAAAACUUGUUUUCACUUCUGGUUAUGAUUCUGUAGUCCGGAUUUGGGACAUGGAAGAAGGUUUAUCUGUUGCUUCAUCGAGGCCUCUUGGUUGCACAAUUCGUGCUGUUGCUGCAGAUACAAAAUUAUUGCUAGCUGGGGGAACAAAUGGUUUUAUCCAAUGUUGGAAAGCUGUUGAGGGAGUUUCUCACUUGUUUGACCUAAAGGGUUCUCAAUGUCAGAACUCCGAGUUUAGACUUUGGGAACAUGAAGGACCGGUGACUUCUCUUGCUUUGGAUCUCACAAAGAUCUAUAGUGGAUCGUGGGAUAUGACUGUGCGGGUAUGGGACCGUGCCUUGUUGAAAUGUGUCAUGGUCUUGAGGCAUAGUGAUUGGGUGUGGAGCAUUGCACCACAUGACACUACUAUAGCUAGCACAUCAGGUUCUGAUGUUUAUAUUUGGGAUACUACUGAUGGAACUCUGGUUGCAAUCAUUCCUCAUGCUCAUUCGGGAAACACUUAUGCCUUAACAAGGAGUCAUACGGGAGACUUUCUCUUCACUGGAGGAGAUGAUGGAUCGAUACACAUGUUUGAAAUCUCUAAUUGCGCUGAGGAUGGCGUCUUAAAGGUGGCAUCUUGGGUGCCACACUCAGGACCUGUAAACUCACUUGCUUUUGAGUUUCCGUGGGUUGUAUCUGCUUCUAGUGAUGGAAAGCUCUCCCUCAUUGAUGUGAGAAAACUUUUAAAAUCCACUCCGCGUUCUCUGAUGAAAACUCAGAAGAGGAAGGUAGCGACAAUCGAGCCUCCUCAGAGGAUGCUGCAUGGUUCUGGAAGCAGUUUGUUUUCCGUGGAUAUUGGUGCUGAUCGUAUUGUUUGUGGAGGAGAAGAUCAUGUCGUGAAGCUAUGGGACUUCUCUCGCGCUUUGGAGAGAGAAAUGAGAUCCCGUGCUCAGAGGGCUAUUCGGUUGGAGAACAGGUUGAGACAGCGUAGGCUCCAAGCUGAGAUGAACGCUAAGAGUGGCAAGGCUGAUAAAUGUUCUGUGGCAGCAAAGAAGAAUCCCAUCAAUGGAGAUCGAAAUGGCAUUUGGCAUUAUAAGCGCACUGUUAACGGGAAGGUGAAGACAUAGCAGGAAAUCUGUAGUCAAGGAUUUUCUUCUAGGUUUAUGAAAAUACUGAUGCUCUUUUUAGUUACAAUGAAGUACAAAAAAGGUACAGAUUUCAUAGUUUAGUCAUGUUCUGACUCCUGUGUGAUUUACUCUACCAAUACAGUAUAUCAGUAUUUCAAUCUAUGCUUUAGCUACUCAAUUGAUGAGA